AUGUCGCGAAAAGUCGUUCUAGUAACUGGCUGUUCAAAAGGCGGAAUUGGCUUCCAUUUAUGUGAGCAUUUUGCGGAGCAGGGAUGCACUGUGUAUGCCACAUCUCGUAGGCUGGAGACGAUGGACGGCUUCAAACAUUCAGUGGAAAAGCGUACCAUGGAUGUGACCAGCGACGAAGACGUGAAACUCGUCGUACAGUCCAUUCUAGAGGAGCAAGGAAAAAUCGACAUCGUUGUGAAUAAUGCUGGUGCUCUGGCCAUUGGACCGUUGCUUGAUGUAUCUUUAGAUCAGGCUAGACAAUCUUUCGAGACCAACACGUUCUCGAUCUUGCGGGUUGCACAGGCAGUCGCACCCUCUAUGGUGGAACGCAAGCAAGGGCUUAUCGUCAAUAUCGGAUCAAUUGCAGGAAAUCUCCCUACUCCAUGGAACGGAAUAUACUGCGCAGCAAAGGCGGCGGUUCACGCGCUCAGCGAUACUCUGGCCAUGGAAUGCAAGCCCUUCGGUGUUAAAGUGAUUCUAGUGGCACCAGGCAGCGUCAAGUCAAACAUUAGUACCAACCAAGCAGCCACGCUUGAAUUAUCCCCCACGUCCAUCUACAAGCCUUACUUCGAUCGGGUAUACGAACGCUUGCAUAUCAGUCAAGCCAAAGGGUGCAUGCCUACUGAUGAAUUUGCACGACGUGUGGUUGCGAAGGUGCUGAGUCCCAACCCUCCAACAUAUAUAUCACUUGGGACCAACGCGCGCCUCUUCGCAUUCUUCCACUGGCUCCCUCAUUGGCUUGUCCUCUGGAUCUUGGGAUCGAAGCUGGUGCGGAAGUAG